UAAUAGUAUAGAUAGAUAGAUAGAUAUUUACACACACAAACACGACCUUGCUCUUCUUUCGUCUCCGUGACCCAAAUUCGAUCUGUCAGAAGAAUUCGCUCCAUUUUCUUUCGAUACAAAAAAAAAAAGAUCGAAAUCGUCCGGAUCAUGGUAAAUUGAGCAGACAAUAGCCGGAAUCUGGCCGGAAGACCGCGAUUUUGACCGGAAUUUCGGCCGGUACACCGGAGUUUUUGGUCGCAAAAGCGUACCUCAGAUUUGGAUAUCUGGGCAAUUGUUGUUCUUGGAAUCGUCACUGUUUAGAAACAGGAACUAAUUGAAGAUUUGUAUCAAUUUAUUUUGUAUUUUGGUUUUUCAUGGCCGCUCCCCGGGGACCUAGGCCGGGCAAUGCCCCGCCUAAUUACAACCCUAGUUCUCUUGCUGAUGGCAUGCAAAACCUACAAAUAAAUCGGCCAGUUGGACAGCCACCAUCUGUGCCCAAUUCCGGUGGCACUAGGCACCGUCCCCCUUAUGGACAGCAACCACCACCUUUCUCUUCAUUAGCUCCUGGGGCAUCACCAAUGACCCGUCCUGGGCCACCCCCACCUGGUGUCUUUCCAAGGUCUUCAGUUUCUGCUGGUGGUCCUCCACAAGCAACAUUGUCCCCAACUGUAGUGCCUAAUAGGCCCCCUGGCCCUCCUCCUGUUAAUCAACCCCCUCCGCCUUUUGGAGUAAGGCCUCCGCUUCCUGGUUCCUUGCCCUCUUCCAUGAGCAGUUCUAGUGUGCUUCCUUCUGGGCCACCUGGUGUUUUCCCAUCUUCAGGACAAGUGGUACCGCCUAGUUCUCGACCUUUUGGAUCUUAUCCUUUGACAAGAGGACCAGUUAUGCCGCCAUCAAGCACUACUGGACCCAUUAGUAACGGACCUCCUGCAUUUGGAUCAGGUGCAUUGCAAGGUGGACCCCCUUUCCCUUCAGCUGGCAGUUCAUCAUCAUCACCACCACCAGCAGCAGCAGCAGUUGGACCUGCACCACCUGCAAUGUUGUCUACUGCACCUCAUCCGGCUUCAAACAUGCUUUCACACCUUGGUGGUCGACCUAUUGGUGCACCACCAGGUCAUAUGCAACCAGCUGCACCAUUUUCAGCACCAUCACAAGGUGUGCCGCCCCCUCCAGGUUCCUCACCAUUUUCAGGACCACCUCAAGGUGUGUCUCCACCUUUGGGUUCUACAUAUGGUGCACAGGCAUGGCCAAUGCAACCCCACCAGGUGGCUCCACCUCCACCUAUUCCUGGUUCUGCGCAACAGACCAGAAUGUUUGGGAUGCCACCGCAACCUCCGAAUCAAUCUAUGGCUACUAUAUCGCCUGCUAUGGGUCUCAUGGGAACAUCAAUGGCAGGCCCGUCGAAGAUCGAUCCCAACCAAAUCCCACGCCCCAUACCAAAUUCCUCAGUGAUUAUACAUGAAACUCGUCAGGGAAACCAGGCCAACCCCCCUCCGCCCACUACAAGUGAUUAUAUUGUCAAGGACACUGGCAAUUGCAGUCCACGCUACUUGAGGUGUACUAUCAAUCAGAUCCCAUGCACUGUUGAUCUUUUGACAUCUUCUGGAAUGCAGUUGGCUUUGAUGGUCCAACCCAUGGCCCUUCCUCAUCCAUCUGAGGAACUCAUCCAAGUUGUGGAUUUUGGCGAAAGCGGUCCUGUUCGAUGUUCUCGCUGCAAAGGCUAUAUAAAUCCAUUUGUGAAGUUUAUUGAUCAGGGAAGACGUUUUAUCUGUAACUUCUGUGGAUUUACGGAUGAAACUCCCCGUGACUACCACUGCAAUUUAGGUCCAGAUGGUAGGCGUAGAGAUGCUGAGGAAAGGCCCGAGUUAUGUAGAGGAACAGUUGAAUUUGUUGCUACCAAGGAGUACAUGGUGCGUGACCCGAUGCCUGCUGUGUUUUUCUUUCUUAUUGAUGUAUCCAUGAAUGCCAUACAGACUGGUGCAACUGCAGCAGCUUGCAGUGCAAUCAACCAAGUUAUUGCGGAUCUACCUGAGGGUCCUCGGACAAUGGUAGGUGUUGCUACAUUUGACUCGACAAUUCAUUUCUACAAUCUGAAACGUGCUCUACAGCAGCCAUUGAUGCUCAUAGUUCCCGAUGUACAAGAUGUUUACACUCCUCUCCAAACUGAUGUUAUUGUUCAACUUUCUGAGUGCCGUCAACAUUUGGUGCUGUUGCUGGAAAAUAUCCCAACAAUGUUCCAGAAUAACAGAACUUCUGAUUCAGCCUUUGGUGCAGCUGUCAAGGCUGCCUUCUUGGCAAUGAAGAGUACUGGAGGAAAACUUCUAGUAUUUCAGUCAGUCUUGCCAUCAGUUGGGAUUGGAGCCCUUUCUGCUAGAGAGGCCGAAGGAAGAACCAAUAUCUCUGCCGGGGAGAAGGAGGCCCAUAAAUUACUCCAACCAGCUGACAAAAUUUUAAAGACAUUGGCUGUUGAACUUGCAGAGUACCAGGUCUGUGUUGAUGUAUUUAUUACUACCCAAUCUUAUGUAGACAUUGCUUCAAUCUCUGUUAUCCCGAGAACUACUGGAGGGCAGGUGUAUUAUUAUUACCCUUUCUCUGCUCUUUCUGAUCCUGCAAAACUUUACAAUGACCUUCGAUGGAACAUCACAAGGCCCCAAGGUUUUGAGGCAGUCAUGCGUGUAAGAUGUAGCCAGGGUAUUCAAGUUCAAGAAUACUCUGGAAACUUCUGUAAGCGCAUUCCGACAGAUGUUGACCUACCUGCGAUUGACUCUGACAAAACUUUAAUGGUUACUUUGAAACAUGAUGACAAACUGCAGGAUGGCUCAGAAUGUGCUUUUCAGUGUGCUCUUCUUUACACAACUGUGUAUGGUCAGCGAAGAAUACGAGUUUCUACCUUAUCUUUGCCAUGCACAAGUCUGCUAAGUAAUCUGUUCCGCUCAGCUGACUUAGACACCCAAUUUGCUUGUUUCUUGAAGCAAGUGGCAAGUGAAGUUUCUUCCAGUCCACUUCCACAAGUCAGGGAACAAGUGACAACCCUUUGCAUCAACAUUCUGCACUCGUAUAGGAAAUUUUGUGCCACAGUAUCAUCAUCUGGACAACUCAUCCUUCCAGAGGCACUGAAACUUCUCCCUUUAUACACCCUUGCUUUGGUUAAAAGUACAGGUUUACGAACUGAUGGGCGAAUAGAUGAUAGAUCCUUUUGGAUAAGUUAUGUUUCUUCUCUUUGUACUUCUAUGGCAAUCCCACUGGUCUACCCCAGGAUGAUGGCCAUUCAUGACCUUAACUCGAAGGAUAUCAAUGAAUCUCUUUUACUUCCUUCUAUCCCACUUUCCAGUGAACAUGUGUGUGAUGAUGGAGUCUAUCUUCUCGAGAAUGGGGAGGACUGUUUAGUAUAUGUUGGGAACUCUGUGGAUCCUAAUAUCAUGCAACAAUUGUUUGGUAUUUCGUCGCUUGAUGAAGUUCCAGCUCAGUUUGUACUUCAGCUAUAUGACAAUCCACUGUCAAAGAAGCUAAAUGAUGUUGUAAAUGAGAUAAGGCGCCAAAGAUGCUCCUACCUGCGCUUAAAAUUGUGCAAGAAAGGAGAUUCAUCAGGGAUGUUAUUCUACUCUUAUAUGGUAGAAGACAAGACUCCCAAUGGUCUCUCAUAUGUAGAGUUUUUGGUACAUAUACACCGGCAAAUUCAAAGUAAAAUGCCUUGAUCGAUGGUGUCUGUGUAUGUGUGUUCAGUUUGAUGACAGUUGUGGAUAGCCUCUUUUUCUCGGGGGGACAAACUUGGGAUCAAGGCUAAGUUAGAAAAUUGUGAUUCUGGUAUUCCCCAUGAGCGGAGUGGAGCGGCCCUGUGAAUCAAUUUUUUGGAUGAGCACAGUUUUGCAGUAAGAGGUGGUUUGUUAGAUUUAGUGUGUAACGAUAAACUAUUUGAUAAUAAAAAUGUAAAUCAUACUCCUUAUAUAUAUAUAUAUGUAUGUAUGUAUGAUGCCUUUCUAAUUAUUCUUCUCUUCUCCCUUUUUUGUUUCUUGUUUACCGUAAACCAGGGAAAGGAAGUGUAUACACAAAUCUGUUUUUGGUCAAUAAGUUUUGUAUUUUUAUGAUGGAA